AACACCCACGGAAUCACCCGCCAACAUAUAAUAUUACUACAAAAACAAUGAAAAUAACACAAAACAAGGGAAAUAACGUAAAACAAAUCUGGAGAAAUUUAAACUUAGCGCCAAAUUCUGGAGAAGAUCAGCUGUGUUCUCCUCGCCCUCCUUCUUCGCCAUCUCGUUCAUCUUCACCCAUCUCCCGGGAAAGAUCAGCUACAGCAUCCACAAGGGUGCUGGCCAGAAAAAUGAGAAGAUAAAACAAGAAAACUCAGAAUUGAUGGAUGAAGGAAGUAAAAAAAGUAGGAAUAAUUAAUAUUCAGAUACAUAGAAAAAUAAUAAUAAAUAAAAACAAAGAAUGACAAGACCAAAAGACAAAAAAAAGUACCAUUCCUGAAAAGAAAACUAAAAACAAACAAGGAAGAUGCAAGAACUGAAACCUGCAAAAACAAACAAGAGAGCAAGACAAACAUAACAAAAGGAAAGCAGAACUAACCAAACCACUGGAGAAUAACAUCACACCACCAAUAAACACCAAAAACAAACAGGAACCUAAAAAAAGAUGUCAAACUCAAUUAGCACAUUUAUAAUGCGAGGUUCUGACGUGGAGGGAGAGGAACAUGGAUCAGAACCUGCAACAAACAACCACUCUUAUCAAGCCUUCCUACCCCAGCCCACCCCAGCAGCAGCCCCAGCCUUCAUCACAGGGACCACAGACUCCUUCCUGACCCUCCCAGAGCAGAUGGAGGGGGAGGGGGAGGGGCUGCUGGGGUCAGGGGAAGGGGAGGGGGUCUCUCAGGGAUCACUCUUGUAUCUAGACUCUGCCUCAGCCCUUCAUGUUUUGGUGCACCAUCUCCCUCAGCCAUCGCACCAACCCACGCCACCGCAGCUGGUGGAGGAGGAGGGAUCUCAGGAGCAGUUCGUUGUGGUGGGAGCAUUGAAGAAUGAGGAUGAUCUUGCUCCCUCCUCCUCUCCUGCCACCUGCCAUGUGUCUGUGGAAAGCAUACUGGAAGAGGAGCUGGCUGGCGGGAGGGGUGAAAUAUACCUUCCACAGCCACAGGAACCCACACCUGCACCACAGCACCUGCCGCAGACCCCCGUUCUGACACUUGUGGGCAGCAGCGGCAGCGGCGACACAGGUGACACCACUGGCAUAACACUCGACACUGUGCCACAUAUAACACUUGAAGAGAUCAUUCAGAAAUUUGCAUCAUCACCUGGCUCUCCAAUUGAUGACCUUGAUGACUCCACCACCACCACCAUCACCGCCAUCACUCCACCUCCUGAUCCAGCCCCCCUCCCGCCUCCCCCUCCUGCUGUGUCGCCAAGGGUAAAGGUGAAACUGCUGCCAGAGAAGAGGAAGGGGGAGUGUGAGGUGGAGGCGGAGGGGGAGGGUGAUGAGGGGUGCUUGUAUGAUGUGGUGGUGACGUACCGAUGUCGUGUGUGUGGUGAUGUGUAUGAUGACAAGGCCGCGUUACUGUAUCAUCACCACCAGAGUCAUAAGCAGAAGACCCAAGGAGGCGUCAUCAAGAUCAGGGUCACGUCAUCAGACACCCGCCCUACCACCACCACCACUACUACCACCCCUUCAGGAGAAACAGAGCACCCCAGUAAGAGGAUGAAGGAACGAGCAGGGGAGGGAACAGGGGUGACGCGCAGACACUACCAAUCCCAGGGCAGCCAGGUGACAUAUCCUGCCCAACCUGGCUUGCUCAUAGGACACAGAAAGACACGUAUUCCUGACCAGGGAGAGGCAGACAGUGGUGGUGGUGGUGGUGGUGGUGGUGAGGGGGCAGUAGAGGGAAAGAGGAAGGUGAAGGCACCACGAACACUGCAGGAACAGUUUUGGCUCCAAAAACAGCGACCGAAACCUGUCUGUCUGGUGGAGGUGGACAAGACACACAGGUGUCCUAUUUCUACCUGCAAGUACAAGUUUUCUAGUGAGGCAAAUCUUCAGACUCACCAGGAAUGUCAUGGAGGAGGGCCAGGGAAGGGCGAGGAGAGAGGCUUCACCUGUCCGCACUGUGCCCUCAGGUGUGACAAGUGGUCUGUGUGCCAGCUUCACCUGUGGAAAGAACAUGGAGUGGAUAUCGACCUGCUGACCUGCGGUAUCUGUCACACAUACAAGACCUGCACCCAGCAGCGCCUCCUUGUGCACCAGAAGAUACACUCGGAUGCCCGGGACCAUGUGUGCAAGACAUGUGGCAAGGGAUUCAAGCAGUUGGCACAGCUCCUCAACCACCAAGUGCAGCACAUCACCAGCCCCAAGGACUUCCCUGCCUGGGCUGAGAAGAGUUACUGUGAGGAGUGUCAGCACUGGUUCAGGGAUCGCAAGUCUCUCAGGAUGCACAUUGCCCUGGUUCACUUGAAGAGGAAACCACAUUCCUGCCCUCAUUGUCCCUACCGAUGCUCCAGGAGUUUUGAUCUCAAGGUGCACAUGAGGCAGCACACAGGGGAGAGGCCUCACCGGUGUCCGCUGUGUGGGUGGCAGACACGUGAUCACAACACCAUGCGACGCCACAAGCUCGGUCACCAGGAGCGCAAACCAUUCCGCUGCCCCACCCCACUGUGCCAGUUCGAGACUCGCCACCCUGCCUACUUCAAGAGGCACAUGGCUCGCCGACAUCCAGACAAUGAGGCAGUGUAUGCAUGUUUGUUCUGUCCCCUGAAAACACCCAGCCUUCAGGACUACAUCAAGCACUCCAUGAAGCACGAGAAGGACUUAGCAGAGGAGGCCAUGAAGCGAGCCAUGCAGGCCGACACAGACACCACAGGGGACACCACCACAACACCCAGGGAUGGAUCUACACCCAUCACCACCACCAUCCCCAUAACCACUGCAGACACCACCAAGAAGUCUGCAGCUAUUGACUUUAAUCACAAAGUUGGGUUUAUUACGAUUAAAUUUGGUGAUGCUGGUACCUCAGAUGGAAAGGAUGAGGCAAUGGAUGGGAUACUGGUGGAGGAGGUGGAAGGGGAGGCUGUCUCUCUGCCUCAAGUGGUGGUGUCUGGGAGCAAUGGACACUACCUGCUGGAUCUGCCGGGCAUAACGGAGGAUGGGGAGGGACGGGCCAUCGCCAGCACUCCUCCCCAGCACAGAGUGAAGCCCCAACACCAUAUCACCACCACCAGUCACUACACGCCGCCUCAGCCACCUCACAGCACAUCACCGCAGGAUUGUAGCAGUGCCACGUGACGUCACUGUCAUCACACGCCACGCCAUAAGAUCAUAAAGACACCAUAACAUCAUCACCAUUGCUACAUUAUCGUCACCACUGUAAUGUUUUGAAGAGCAUAUCAUAAAACUAUCAUAACAUCACUAUUCCUACAUUAUUAUCAUCACCAUAAUGGAAGUAUUGUGAAGAGCAUGUCACCAUAAUACCACCACAUCAUCACCACCACUACAUUAUCAUCAGCACCGUAAUGGAAGUGUUGUGAGGAGCAUGUCACCAUCACUACCCAUACAUAACAUCACCAUCAUUCAUCACAUAUCACAUUAAUGCAGUGAUAUUUUUAAGAAACAGGGCAUCAUCCAAUCAUGUUCUUUCUCUUCCUCAAGAUGACAUCCUGGGAAGUAAAAAAAAAUAAAUAAAUAAAACAAAAAAAA